GGGGGCAGUUAGUUGGGGCGCGUGUGGGCCUUGACCGGGGAGCUCAGGGAUGCGGGGUCCCCUCUGCUUGAGUCUUCUGUGGGUGGGGCUCCUGGGUCUUUGGUUCUCCCUUGAGCUGAGCACCAGCGACAAAGCCCGGAAGAUGUGUGGCAGGCACCUGCUGAAAGAAAUAGUAAAACUCUGUGGCAAUACUAACUGGAGCCAUUUUGGGGAGGAACCCCCUCACAGACGGCUACUUUCCCACGCCUCUAACGUUGAAGCCUUCAUCCCUGACCAGUUCCAAAGCUCCCAAACCACUUUCCAGGCCUGGGGAAGAGGCACAAAUCCAGUCUUUACAUCUGCCUCUCGGGAAGAAGCAAUAAACAGUGGGGAAAUGCAGUUACUGCAUGAGUACCAGCAUAAAAAGGCCAACUUGCUACCUGAUAAAACAAGAAAACUUCACUCACUACAAGAUAUCAAUCCACAUAUUCCUAAGCUUGGAAAAUUUCGAAAGAAAAAUGCAGACAAAAUCAAAACCUCAAGGGAUUUGUUUUGGGGUGAUCAUCCCCAAAGAAAACGCAGAGGAUACUCAGAAAAAUGUUGCCUUAAAGGAUGUACAAAAGAAGAGCUGAGUAUUGCAUGCCGACCAUACACUGAUUAUAAAAACUUAAAGAAAAAAGAACAUCAGUUGUGACUGUUAUAUACUAACCAUUAUAGAAAUUAUACUAACUUAAUAAAAUUUAAUAUAUUUAUUACUCACUUGUAAAUGUUCUUAUAAGUUGUUGUGAAAAAAAUUUGAAUGUACUUGCAAGCAUUUGACAAUACUUAAUUGUGGCAAUAAGUGUCUUAAUAUUUUCUUUGGUGACCCCUAUUUUCCAAAUAUUAUUAUAUUUGAAGAUGUUACCAAAAAGUGGUAUAAGCAUUUAGACAUCUAAGAAUUACGUGUUCUUUCUUGUCAUUAUGGUUGAACUGUUUUAACUGCAUUUAGAUUAUGGAAUGUUCUGCAUUCCAUUUGUAUGAUAUACAAACCAAUAGUCAUGACUGAUAGAUAGGUUGCCUUCAGAGAAUGCCUAAGAAAUCUGUCCCACCAACUUAAAAAUAACUACCACUCCUAGUAGGGGCUUUCAUAAUGGUAAUAAUAAGUACACUUCAAUUCCUUGUGUUUUGUAAUAGUAAUUAUUCAGAAAUCUUUUCACAGUUCAUAUUGAGGACUUUAAGAGAAUUCAGUGAACGUUUUUAGGUUGCAAAACUCUCCAAGAUACUGUCUUUAUUUUGAAGGUACUAAUAUGUGACAUUCUAUUCUCUCUUACUCAGAAUAGAGUGUGAGCAAGCUAGCAAUGUUAGCAUCACCUGGGAAGUAAUUCUAAGGUACUUACUGAGACUGACUGAGAAACUCUGGGUAUGGUGCUCAGCAGUCUAUUUUUACAGGUUUUCUAGGUCAUUCUGAAGAGUGUUAAAGGUCAGAAACUCCUAAUAAUUGCCACUUUAUGAAUUUUUUUAAAUCCUGCUGUGUAAAUGCUUGCAUUACUCAACUCAAUUUAUAAUAAGUUUUGGGGUUUUCCACUUUAUGUUCACAUGUGAAAUAUUUUUAAUACUCCAAAAUUAGAGCAAAACUUAAUCCAAAGAACCAAAGAUUUCUUAUUUCCCACCAUUAAUUAGUAUGUAUCAUAUAAAUUCUUUCUCUAGUUUCUUUCCCAAAUAUGUGGGUAAUGUUCUUUUCAAUCACAAUUUUUAUUCAUAUUUGACCUUUUUUCUUAGGACAAGGUCAUAUUUCACAUAUAUCUACAUUACAUACUUAUAAUACAUAAAUGUUUGAAAUUUAUUUUUUACCAGUUCCAAGGAACAGUCUACUUUCAGUUAGUUUUCUAAAUAUAGUGAGCCAUACAUUUAUAUACAGGUUAUAUCAUGGUUGAAUGAUUGAGUAAAUCUAGGCACCAGAUGAAAAUGAACCACUGAGAAUCGCCUAUGAUUAGGUUAAAAUACAAUGCAUUUGAGACAGUUUGAAUAAUUAUAGGUAUGGCCUUAUUUUUAAGAAUAAAAGUACCGUUUAUUGGCUUGCUAUCAAAGUCCAAAUUAGAUAAUCAUGAGAUUAACCAAGUGUUAUUAGCAAAGUUUUGUAUUUCUCUACAUAUUUUAAUAAUUUGUAUAUAGAAUGUAUUGAUUUUGCUUUUUGGCUUAGUGCCUACCUUUUAAUAUUUAUACUUGUGCUAACAAUGUAUAUUUGGAUAGAAAUCCCACUUUUUUAAUGGUCUCCUUAGAAAGUCCUGAAGCAAGAAAAAUGAAAUACCUUUACAGUAAGCAACUUGAUGAGGCUUCUUCAUGCU